AUAGACAUGGCAGUGUCAGCAGAUCACAUCCGGGAGAAGCUAAUUAAGGAGCUCGAGGCAGUGCAUGUGGGUUUUGGAUUGAAUCCCAUUUCCAAAGGAAACUUGGCUUUCCCAUGCAUCUAGGCACACAAAUUCACUCGCACUUUGACUAUCCCACUGAGAAAUGGGCUGCUCCCUUCAGAACCUGAUACAUCAUCAAUCCUCAGACGUAGAGGAUACCUCACCAGAAAGAUGUGCAGCCAGCUUCAAAGUCCUGGUGGUGUCGGCGCAGUUUGAGGGGAAACCAUUGUUACAAAGACACAGGAUGGUGAACAUGUGUCUUGCAGAGGAGCUGAAGGCAAUCCAUGCGUUUGAACAGAAGACCCUCACACCAGAACACUGGGACAAGAUGAAGCAACAGUGACAUAUUUCCACCUGCUUCCGUUUGCUUCUUGUUUUUGGAUUAUGUGAAAAUGUCCAACUACCUUAUUGUUCCGUCUGUCCCACUGAUACUAAUCUACUGCAAAUGAAAAUAAAACACUUUCCUUCCUUUUUCUGCA